UCAGCCACACUGUACACGGUCUUGUACUCACGUGAAGUCAGUCAGUCGCUUUAAGCACUACUGGAAUACGAAAGUUGUUCUUAGUCUGCGGAUUGGAGUAUGCGUCGCGGCGAGAGGAGCAAACCUAAGGGAGCGGUAUUAGCAAUACAAGCUUUGCUCAAAGACCUGUGCAAGCUCCAACGAUUCUAUACAUGCACAGUUGGGUCGCGGAGGAACGGUCACAACAAAUCCAUCGCAAAGACCACAAAUAUGAAUUCCCAAACACAGAAGACCGAGCCAGACCCGGACUGUAUAAAAAUGUUCGUUGGUCAGAUUCCUCGGUCAAUGGACGAAAAUGACCUCCGAGAACUGUUUGAGGAGUAUGGUCCAGUCUUUCAGCUCAAUGUGCUAAGGGAUAAAGCAACAGGUCAAAGCAAAGGAUGCUGUUUUGUGACAUUCUAUACCAGAAAAGCUGCUCUGGCUGCCCAAAAUGCCUUACACAAUAUCAAAACAAUGCAUGGGAUGCAUCAUCCUAUACAGAUGAAACCAGCCGACAGUGAGAAAAGAAAUGUAGAAGAAAGAAAACUUUUUGUGGGGAUGGUGUCUAAAAAAUUAAGUGAAAAUGAUAUACGGAUGAUGUUUGCUCCAUUUGGCACGAUAGAGGAUUGUACAGUGUUACGGGAUGCAAACGGUGCUAGUCGAGGUUGUGCAUUUGUUACAUAUGCCAAUCGCCACAGUGCACAGAAUGCUAUCAAGAGCAUGCAUCACUCACAGACUAUGGAGGGUUGUUCCUCACCGAUCGUUGUUAAGUUUGCUGAUACACAGAAAGAAAAAGAAGCCAAGAAAAUGCAGCAGAUGACGACAAAUUUGUGGAACCUGCACUUGGGGGGAUUGGGGGCACUGGGGCCUCAGUAUUUAGCAUUACUACAACAAGCAGCUGCAGCAGGGAACUUGGGAAUGUUGAAUAACCUUGGAAACAUGGAGCACUGUAACUCCGGCAUCAACAACCUGGGUGUUCAACAGCUCGUGGCCGCCGCAGCAGCAGCCGCAGCGGGCAACAACCCUGGAUUGCUGGCAGCACUGGCAAGCCUGAGUACAGGCAGUGGCUCCAUGUCAAGUAACAACAACUGUAGCCCCAUGCAGACUAGCACAACCUCAAAUUCAAACAACAGUUCCUCAGCAGAAGCCCAAAAUAAUGUCCAUUUACAGAACUUGCAUGGUAUCGCUGCCCUUGCGAGCUUAGCAAACAACCCAGCCACAUUAAACACUCUGGGUGUUCAGAACGUAGCAACAUUAAACCAAUUGGCUGCAGCAAGCAACAGCACACCUAUGUCCACAGGGAACAGCAUUUACAAUGGCAGCAUGUCUGGCACAACAACAACCAGCACUGCCUUGGGUGGCAUCGGUAUUCCCAGCCUGUCGGCCAGCAAUAUGUCUGGUAUCUCUGCCCUCACACAGGGCGGCAUGAACGGCGGCAUGAACGGCCUAGGUUCCACCUCCAACCCCCAGGGCAUUGAUGCCCUGAGCCAAGCCUACACUGGUAUCCAGCAAUACGCAGCAUCUUUCCCCAACGCUUUCAGCAGUCCAACAGCAGCAGCCCAACUUCAGCAAGCUGCAGCCUCUCCUGCAGGGAAGCAGACUGAAGGAACAGAGUGGGGACUUUACACUGCUAGUGCAGGGGAAGAUCACAGCAGUAGCUUUCAAGGGAAGGCCUUGUAUCAGCUUUGUGGACUUUACACCAAAAAUUACGGCCCGGAGGGAGCCAACCUGUUCAUCUAUCAUCUCCCACAAGAAUUCAGUGACCAUGAUUUAAUGCAGAUGUUUGUGCCGUUUGGAAAUGUGAUCUCAGCAAAAGUUUUCAUUGACAAACAAACCAACCUCAGCAAGUGCUUCGGUUUUGUGAGCUACGACAACCCCAUGUCGGCUCAAGCAGCAAUACAGGCCAUGAACGGGUUCCAGAUCGGCAUGAAACGCCUCAAAGUCCAGUUAAAGCGUCCAAAAAACGACAGCAAGCCCUACUAGCUAGCUGUUUGUUAGCACGAUGACCGUGCCGUGCGUCGUGGCGUGUUACCCAUGUUGCCGUGCUGUCCUUCAUGUCUCCUCAAACAAAUGAGUUUGCCUGUCACGUAAAUAGCUGUUGUCACUGUAGCCCGCUAGCUUCCUCCGACAUCAACGAUUGGUUGAUUCUCUCGCCCGACCGACCGACUGACCCUGAUCUUGGGUCAAGGUUAAUCCUCCCUAAGCAAUGUGAUCAGCAUGGUUCUGGGCUACAGACUGCUGAAAGUGAUAAAUAACUGUGGUUGGGCGAGAGAGGGAGAUGUGGUUUGUUUUAUUCAAGUUCUCGUCCAAGGUGUACAUGUUUCUGUAUUGGGGUACCAUUGUUGGGCGACACGAUAGAGAUGGUGGCACUGCCUGCAAGACGACAGCGGAAAUGUGUUCAGUGAUUCAAGCGAUAUCACCCAUCAUUUUGGUGAAGGAAUUGUAUUUGAUUUUAAUUUUGUUCUUUUAUGCUUAUUAAGACUGCAGGGAUUACUUGUAUCAAGUUGAGGUAGUUCAACAUCAGCCUUAAUCAUGCUUUAGCCAUAUGAAUAUGAUCCAUGCUGUGUCCAUUGAUUAUCCAAAGAGUGCUUAUGGAUAGAGAUUUCAGAUUUGCAGUUUAGAUGCUUUUUUGCUUGCAUAUAGUCCAGAGAAAGAUUUCAUACCAAUUAUUUCCAUAACUAUUCCAUAAGCCUGUCUUGCCAUUGUAUUAUGUCUCAAGCAACUAUGGAAUCCUUACAGUAUUAAUGUCGCCUCAAAAUCUGCACUUAUAUUACUAAUCCCCAAACUUACACACUUUGCCGAUUACAUAUUACUUGUGCCGGGACAACCUGAACAGUUCUAUCAAGUGAAUCCGAGUCAGGAGAAUGUUCCGUGGCUGUGUUGGAAACCUAUCCCUGCAGUCUUAUGAUCCACCAUGAAUUGUUAUGCUAGACUUGGCCUCAGAGCCCGUAGUAAGGAUAGUUGGUUUCUAUGUGGAUUCUCGCUACUCCAGGCCUUACGUUCUGUACCCAGAUAGAUGGAAACUGUUUCAAUGUAGUUCAUUUUAUUUUCAAUUUAUAUUUUAACAUGUUUACUGUACCAAAGGGAUCAUUGUUUCUAAUUCAUGUUGUUUCAUGCCACGUUUCAUUUUCAUGGUGGUUCGGAGUCUUCGAUAUUCAAGCUCCAUUUUAGUUAAAUGUCUCUUCAUGACAAUGUGGAGAAUGUUUGCAUUUAAUAUUAUUUGUCUCAUGUACAUAUACAUUAGUAGGUGGGGAAUAAACCUGAGAACAUAUUCUUGAAGUAUUUAUUACAAGGAGAGAUUGUCAUCAUGUUACUUGACGUAUUCAGAAGCUAAUAUCCUAUAAUACUGUAAAACAGGAAGGGACUUGUGUCACAGAAUAUUGCUUGAUUUCAUCAAUGAUUUGUGCAACCAUACCUCAUUCAGAUUGGUAAAAAGGCCCUUAAUUUAACAUCUUUGUUCAAUUUCUAGCUGUAUCAUGUCCGAUAUGUAUGAAAUGCCAAUAGCUACAGGUGUAAAUUAACAGUUCAUUGCAGAUCGCAUUAUCAUGUAGAGUUUGUGAAUCAGGCCCUUCCUGUGUCUGUCAGUUCCCCUGCUGCAAAGGUACCCCAUUAUUUAGUAAAUGCAAGAGUUAGACCUUCUUGACUUCAUCGUCUAACAACAAAUGCUGCCUUAUAUUGUGAAGGAGAGGAACAUUUUAGACAUGUAAUGUACUUCAGUUCUUUCUCAACAAAGUGAUAACUUGUUUGCAGUGUUCGUUCUUUUUUUUAAAUGAAAAGUUGUUGAUGUUUAUCGAGUUUUCUUGUUACAAUGUGUGAAAAUCAAAAAAUUAAUCUCAUUUAAAUGUUGUGGAGUUUUCCCUUUAAGUGAAAGUUUGUUUUUGAGGACUGUAUUUACUGGUGUUGAGUGAGUCGUUUGAAAUCAUAUGCUGAGUAGAAUGGUGUGUCUCGUUAUCUGCUCGUUGAGGCAAAAUAGCCUUGAACCUUAGACAGUAGCUUGGGGGCGUCCGUAUAACUCUUGAACUUGUAGACAUUUUACAUUUUCAACUUUUGUAAACAUCUAUUCAUAUUUAUGUCAGUUUUAUAAAUGUAGAUGUGGCACAUAUGUAGCCGAAAUACUUGAUUGUUUAUGUUGAAAAUUUAAGACUUGUUAACAUAUCAGUUGUGUUUAAAAUAUUUUAUAGAAGUAUUUUUCAUUACGAUGCUGUCUCAUUGCUUCGAGUUACCAUUUCCAGAAUCAAAAGUACUAAAUCAUGCAUUGCAGGAAGAAAUAAGAUGUAAAUGUCAAAUUAUGUUCGCCACUUCCAUUUUGUGUGCUGUUGAAUAUGACCAAGUGUGACCAGCCGAGAAAACUGAUGUAAACCCAGGUGAAUGUUCUAUGUAAGCAGCAGACAAUCGGGGUCAGGUUAGGUCGAAGACAUCGUCAGUAGGAAUAUAUCCAAAUUACUUCAGUGGUAUCUAGUCAUAAGCUGACCCAAAAAAGCGAUCUUUGUGGAAAGAGUGAUAUUUAUUUUGUGGAUGUUUUGUUAACUUGAUUAAAAUCAUACUUUGCAAACUUGAGUGUUCAUCUUUUUGAGCCAAUCAAAGAUUUCUGCAUGGUUUAUGUGUAAGUUCUGUAAAAAUACCUCAUUGUGUCCUUUCUCUGUAGCUUUAAACUAUUUCCCCAAACUUACAACGCUGGUUCUGUUUCUUGAGGUUACAACAGUAGUACAGUUUUUGUUUCAUAACAGGACUCUGUUAAGCAUACUGCAAAACAAAAGUUGAGGACCACUGAUUCUUUGCUAUGAUUAUUGUUAAUCUGUCAUGUUAUGUUGUGACAUGUUAUGGCAUGACAUGACAAACUACAGUCGAAUAAAAGAAUCCGCGAUCCUUAGCUUUUUUUUAGUGGUAUGCAAUUGUCUUGUUUAGUCGCGUACUUGCACAGUCGAUGUUCUCUAUAGCUGCUUGCCUUGCAUGCUACAUAGUUGAACCAAAGAGUAGAUUUAGCAUCUGCAUAGACCAUAGUUUUACAGCAUAUUUUUUAACUGUAGAUACUUACUACGUAGUUAGACCAUAUCAAAAUUUUACCAUGUCUCCAAUUUUUGUGGAUAACCUUAUAUGUGUAUUUGAGAUUGGAAACUUACGACUUACUUGAACUAGUGAUGUGUCAUGUUUGUACAUGUGUUUGAUUUGUUUACAAGAUAGAUUUUUUUUUUAAAAACACACAAGACAUGCUGCAUGAGUGACUCUGGAAGUAUUUUUUAUUACAGUUGUAUGUUCUGGUUGUGAUCCCAAUAGUUAAUACCUUUGUCAAUUAUGAGUAAAGUUUGCAAUUAUUUUACUUGUUACAACAGUUCACAAUCGUAUGCUUAACAUCAUUUUAGGUUCCGCAGAUUAGUCACAGUCAGCCAAUACGGAAAUAGUUUGUCCCUUUGAAGUUGCUCUUAUAAGAUGUACGGUUACAAGUGUGUUACGUUGUAUGUAAGCCCUCCAAUAUUUGAACACUUUGAAUGAGUGAGUGGCUUUGUAGUCCAUGUGUUGACUUGUGAAGAUCAGACGAAGAUUUCAUUUGCAUGGUUUGGUAUUCUUGGUCUCCGGUAUGAUGUGAUGGCACUGCUGCUUAAGUGGUGGCAACUGUAACAGCCCAUACCGUUUGGUUUCUGCUUCACAGAACAGUAUUCACCAGACUUAUCACUCUCAUUUGAAUUUGUAAUCUUCAGUUAUAAUAAUCCUUCCUAAAGCAAAACAUGCAUGUUGAUGCCCUCAGAUCCGUUUGUCUGGCUGUGACUUGUCUUGAUCCCCGGAGUUGAUUGGACCCCCCUACCAAUUUGCUGUCGGCACAAACUCAGGACUAUGUGUUCUCUGUCCAUGUUGUUCCAUUCGGGCACGUCUUGCUUUAAAAGCAACACAAUUUAUUACUGGGUACCCAUUUUUAACGCACCAAGCCUAACCUGUUACUUUGCAGUCUCGUUUAGUUUCACAGCUGUUUAACAGUAUUGAGUCUUUCCUGUUCAGAGUAUGUUGGAUAUAAACAUUUGUUACAAAAUCUUCAUACCUCAGGUUCGUUGAAUGUGUGUACAUUUGGUGAUCGACCCAAAUCAGUAUAUAUCUUGUAUUAUGGACAUAGCGAUGCGCUGUGGAUCAGCGAGAUGUGAUUCCUUGGGUGAUAUCAAAAACGUGUCUGUCUAGCUGAUAUUUGGUUCUGCCCCUAUCAGUAUUUUGCAUUUAUUUAUCAAUCAAAAUCAAAGCAUUCAACUAGCAUUACAAGUGCUUCAUGUUGCGUUUUCGUCACACUAUCUUUUAAAUGACCAAAUGAGGAGGAAAAUCAAAAGGUAUGAUUGAGUAUAUUAUGUGUAUUUCUACUGUCAAUGAUAUUGUCAAAUUUUACUUGCUGGUCACAGUUUACAAUGGGACUGGUAUGAUAAUUGUGUUCACAAAACUGUCAGCACAAGAUGGUGGCAAGAGGAGACUGUUCAUUUGAAGCUUUACCAGAAUUUGGAAUUUGGUGAAAACAGUUCAAGAAGUUGUGAAUAUUAUAUCUCUUUCAUCUGAACUCGUUAAAAGGAGAGUAUUAAUUGGAAAGUGCAGUCCUAUAUACUGGCUACCUUUGAGGUUCACAUGAGUAGUUUGAUGCCUUGUCACCAACUUGUGAAGCAGAUGUGCAGGAUAAUUGAGGGUCCUGCUAUUUUCUUGCCUUACUCAGUACUUGACGACAUAUCUAGUCAGAUGAGACCUAAAUCCUAUAGUGGAAUAGAAACAGCAUCUGUAUAUUGGCUGCCAUGUCCUUCCCUAGCCAUUACAUAUAGAUGGACGUGACAUUUCAUUUAACUGGGCUGCAGUAGACCCAAGACGUCUCGCUUGACGACAGCAGGGUAUAGGGGAGAAAUACACUUAAUUGUAUAUUUGUAUUCAUAUGAACUUGAUUAUUAUCAAAAUUGUGAUAUUUUUCACCUCUAUUCUUCAUGCUCAUUUUUGUCAAUUCAUGAAUGCUAGAAUUGCACCCUCAGUAUUUCAUAUUUCUUAAUGGAUAUUUGCAUCGGUGAUGUGUUUAUCAGGCCCCAUGCUUAUAUGGUUGUGAGAUGAUGCCCUGAAUCUGGACCUGGAGCUCUGGUUGAGUCCAGGGCAACAGUUCCCCAUUUUCUGCUGCAGCCCAGUCGCCAGAUCACAGUAGUUGGUAUAGAGGUUUGUUAACCAGGUAACUCAGCAUGUAGAUAUUGGCCCCGCCUGCCUGCCACCACUGGACUCGACUGACAGAAAGCAGAUUUUACCUAUUUUAUUGUCCUAACUUUGAUGUGUCUCCCUGUGGCCACAGUGUGUGGUUUCUAUCUUGUAUUAGUUCGCAUUGUGAUGUGGUUUGGCAAUGUACAGAAUGAGAAAGGUAUUAAACUUUAUUGAUAUAA